AUGUUAAAAAUAAAAAUUUCCCCAAAUCUUCAUCACCAAGGAAAUGGUGGCAAUAAAAAAAUUUCACCUCCAAAUGGUGUAAUUACAAUUGAUAUUUUUUUUCUUUUUUUUUUUUUAUUUUUUUUUUUUGGUCAAUAUUUUUAUUAUUUUGAGUGA